CUUAAUAUUGAAGUAAAUCUUGAAUGAGAUUUUUUAAAAAAUUCAUGUGUUUCUUGUUCAUCAUAUCACAAGUGACGAUCGAUAACGUUUUGACAUGAUUCACAUACUCGAAAUGACAAUUAUGAGACGAGUACAUUGGAUGCACCAAAAAAGUAAGUGCGCUGAAGACAAAACCAUAUAGGAAUGAUAAAAGGAGCACUUCUACUAUGCUAUAUAGUUUUGGUGCUUUAAUGUACAACUUAAAGUUGUACCAUAAAAUUAAAUGUAUAAGUUUAGGUUGUACCAUAAAGUAAUUUGUACCAUUAUGUUAUGGUACAACUUUACAACUUGAAGUUGUACCAUCACAUAAAGGUACAAGUUCAAAUUGUACCAUAAAAGAAUUUGUACAGAAAAUAUAGGUACAAUCUGAAGUUGUACCAUAACGUAAAUGUACAAUUUUAAGUUGUACCAUAAAGGCAAAAUCUUAUAGUAUCAAUACUAUAUAGCAUUGUAAAAUUUCUCACGAUAAAAGAUUGAUUCUAGCAGCCAAACUAAACGACGAUCACAAAAGGGCCCGGCGCCGGAAGCAAUUUAGUUAAUUACUACAUAAACAAGCCGCUGCAAGAUUCUAGUAACCAAAUUAAAGACAGAAACACCAGCGUCGUCAAUAUCAAAGUGCAAAGACGUACGCAUCCGAGUGACUCCGACUCACAUAUUAUAUUUAGUCAUCAACUUUUAACAAUAAUUACAUGCAUAUAUACGUACAAAAAAUAAGAAUAUCGCCUGAUCGAAGCUGUCCGUGCACAAACGACAUAACAAAAACAGACAAAAAACACUUCCAUUGUUGAUUUGAUCAAGACGGUGAUACCGAAGUGAUCUAGCUAGAACCGUUGGAUUCACGUAAUGUAAUCUAGAAACUUGUCUGUGUAUGAACCCAUGCAAGGAUCGUAGCCGAUUUCGCAAGCUAUAAAAACCCACUUCUCGUCACCUUUAUUUUCCAACACCAACACCAACGACAAAUUAAAGAGAGCUAUGGCUUCCUUUUCCUUCAAGAAAGCAGUGGUUCUGAGCGUUUCCAUCCUUUUCCUUCUCAUGUUAACCACACGUGUGGAGGCCGGGUGCGGCAGGAAAAAAACUCGCGUCCAUGGCUACAAGAGCGCUGUAUCGGAUCUUCUGAGCGAGGUGGUCGGCUCGGUUCCCAACAAAGCGAGCCUCUCCGUGACGAGGAAGGUGCGUCCGGUUCGAGUCGACGCCAGCUGCUACGACCCGUCUUCCGAUCCUAACGACUGCGGAGCUUGCCUUGGCGGUGUUGUCACCUCGCUCGCCCAAUAUUGCCUGGCUUCAGGGGAUGUAAGGGAAAGCGGCAGCUUCUCUGGGAAUGGAUGCCGGGUCCAAUACAAAAGGCUUAAUUAAGUGAGAGAGAAGCUAAUUAAGAGAAACCGGCCGGCCGGCCACUUGAAUGAAUGAAUGAAUCCGUUCGUUCCUAGCUAGGGUUUGCGUUCCUAGCUAGGGUUUGUGUGUGUUUCCUUUCACUUUCACUUUCAGUUUCAGUCUUCCUUUCACGUGUCCCACAAUUGAUCUUCUGAUUUUGUGGUGGUCGACAGCAUUAAGAUCGAUGCACGUACAAGAUCAUACCAGAGAUGUCGUGAGAUCGAUGUGUGCAAGUUGUUUCUCAAUAUAUAUUAUAUUUAUGU